AUGAGAGGCUUCCUCGGUCUGGCAGCUCUGCCUGUCCUGGCGGCUGGCUCGCCAUUGUUCAUUGACACCAUCCACAACGGAGCUGCACCCAUUGUUUCAUCUGUCAACUCCAAGCACGUUCCUGACUCCUAUAUCGUCGUCUUCAAGGACCACGUCAGCAAGGAUGCCGCCGCAGCUCACCAGCUCUGGGUCCAAGGCGUCCAUGAUGACUCCCACACCGAGCGCAUGGAGCUCCGCAAGCGCGGUAUCAACUCAGACCAAGAAUCCGUAUUCUCGGGCUUGAAGCACACAUACCACAUCCCUGGCAAGCUUCUGGGUUACUCUGGUCACUUUGACGAGGAUGUGAUCGAGAAGGUGCGCAUGCACCCAGAUGUCGAAUACGUGGAGAUGGACUCUGAAGUUCACACGAUGAAGGAGUCGCCUGAACUCGAGAAGAAUGCCCCAUGGGGUCUCGCUCGUAUUUCCCACCGCGACAGCCUCGGCUUCGAUACCUUUAACAAGUACCUCUACACUGAAAACGCCGGCGAGGGUGUCGAUGCCUACAUCAUCGACACCGGUACAAACAUUGAGCACGUGGACUUCGAAGGUCGCGCCAGCUGGGGCAAGACCAUCCCUACCGGUGACGAGGAUGUUGAUGGCAACGGCCACGGCACCCACUGCUCCGGCACCGUUGCUGGCAAGAAGUUCGGCGUCGCCAAGAAGGCCAACGUCUACGCUGUCAAGGUUCUGAAGUCUAACGGUUCCGGCACCAUGUCUGAUGUCGUCAAGGGUGUUGAGUGGGCUGCUACCUCGCACACUGAGUCCAUUAGCGCUGCAAAGAAGGGCAAGAAGAAGGGCUUCAAGGGCUCUGUCGCCAACAUGAGCUUGGGUGGCGGCAAGUCCCGCACUCUGGAUCUUGCUGUCAAUGCUGCGGUUGAUGCGGGUCUGCACUUUGCUGUCGCUGCUGGCAACGACAAUGCGGACUCCUGCAACUACUCGCCUGCCGCUGCUGAGAACGCUGUCACUGUCGGUGCUUCUACCCUUGCCGAUGAGCGUGCCUACUUCUCCAACUACGGCAAGUGCAACGACAUCUUCGCUCCUGGACUGAACAUUCUCUCUACCUGGGUCGGAAGCAAGUAUGCCACCAACAUCAUCUCUGGUACCUCGAUGGCCUCUCCUCAUGUUUGUGGUCUCUUGGCCUAUCUCUUGUCUCUCCAGCCAAGCUCCGACUCUGCCUAUGCCGUUGCUGAGAUCAGCCCGAAGAAACUCAAGGCCGACAUCAUUGGCAUUGCGACCAAGGGUGCUUUGUCUGACGUUGGUCCGGACACUGCCAACAUUCUCGCAUGGAACGGUGGCGGUAAGACCAACUAUAGCGAGAUCGUCUCCGAUGGAGGCUACCAAGUCUCCCACUUCUCUGCUGAGGAUUACAUCACCGACAAGCUCGUGGCCGUCGAGGACAAGGCUGCGGACAUCAAGUCUGACAUCAAGGAGGAGCUCCUCGAGAUCACCAAGAAGCUUGAGCACCUCAUCGAUGAGGCGUAA